AUGGCGUAUCCAAAGCAGACUUUUCAGCUGGUUAUGGUACCUCAUCGUCCUGUGCACACUGACGAAGAGAUCAACCAGGAUCUGGCACCGGCGUUCGGAAUUUUGCAGAGAGCUACAGGGCUGCAAGCUUUGUGGAGAGGCAAGAAGCAUGAAGACCGCUAUACUCAAGUUGCACUCUUGCUCUGGGAGAGCCUGGCAGCGAGCCACGCAUUCUUCACCAGUGCUGAUUACACCGAAUUUCACAGACUGAUUCAGGCUGCAAUGAACGGGAGACGGAUAGAAUGGCAGAGUCAUACCUUGAUCGAUACCACGGGUAUCGAUGACAAGUCCCACUUGUUGAGGACCCUCGAGUCGCCAGCAAUAGAGGUUGCUCUCACAAAGGUCGUCGAGGGCGGCGUUGCAGGAUAUUACUCGCAGUUCCGCAAGAUCGUGGUCCCUAUUUUAAAUGAUGACCCUGGAUGUGAUGGACACUUUGUAAGCCCCCUGGUCGAGAAUCCUCAAGACCAACUACUUCUGAUCAAUUGGAGAUCGGUUGAUGUAAGUGUUCAAUUGGCGAUGUGA